GCGUCCUGUGUUGCUGCUCAGUUUGGCCACACUGACUUGUGCGUCUAUUUUGGUAUCUUCUGAGCUCGCUGUCAGGACCCUAGCCACACCAGUGCAUUUGAACAUGGAUCUGAGGGCUUGACUCACUUUGGUGGCUCUGCACUGGAAUCUACGUUGAGGAUCUGUGUUUGAUACCAAAGUCUAGACUGGACGGUUACAGUCGGCGUGGAAGACCCAUCAUGAAGGAAGUUUGCAUAUCCCACCACUUCCCUAAUGACAACCUGAGCUGGACGAAAACCAAAACAUCUACAGAGCUGCAGGAGCUGUAGAGGAGGCAAGUCAAGUGAUGCACGAGACAGAAAGAAGGUUGUUGACAUCAUGAGCUGUGUGGAAAAGCGGCACAUGAGCCACCGGGUGGGGAGCAUGCUCCACCAUCGCUUCCCCAAUGGCUUCUCUGACUUGUUCAUGGACGAGACCGAUCGUGAGGUCAGCACUCUCACGGAUCGGGCCUUCCGAAGUCUCUGCGUUGGAGAUGACGCGGUUUAUAAUGACGAGUUCUUGUGUGGAUACUCACCUUUCAGUUGCCACAAACCUUUGGCAGGGGAGCCUCUUAAAAAGACUCAUCAGAAGGAAUCUAAAAAGCAAGGGCAAAGCAAAAAUGAUAAAAACUAUGCCCAGCCAUGGACACAGCAGCAACAGAAGAAUAUAUCAAACAUGUCUUCUUUCCUCAAGGCAUUAAGUGCCACCGAGAAAAGCUGUGAGGGGAUGUUGAUCAAAAAUGGAGGUAUGACGGACUCUAAUGGGGAAUCGUGGGAUAAGUCUGCACUUCGCAGCAUCCAAAGAGAGCUAUCUGAAUUCUCCUCGGAUUAUCACACUAAUCUCACAGAUGGACAUUACAAGAACCACCAUAAGCAUCACUCUGGAAAUGGUUCAUCAAACAAAACAGGCAAAGAUGCUGCCCUUCCCUCAGGGAAAUCCUCAAAGAGCAAAAAUGGGAAAUCUACUGUCAAACUAAAGAAACUUAACAUCAAAAACUUUUUCCUCCAUAGUGAGUUUAGCCCUUUCCAAUCAUGGAGAGAUUUUAACCAGUUCCCUUUUGGCCAAGAGGACACCUCUAUUCUCCCCACAGAUAACAUCCCUAAAUGGUAUGACUUGCCUUUUUACAAGGAGCUGACAGAGGCACACAGAAAAGAGACUCUGCACACAGAGGAGCCACAGUCAUGCCAGAAAGCAGCAGUUGAGCCCCCUCCUCCCACUGCUCCUAAACCCAUCCCUCCCCCUCCUCCGCCUAAGGUCCUGCCAAAGCCCUCAGCUACUCCGGCUGAGAAGAGGUGCACAUCAGACGGUGGGGAUGGGAGUGCUGCCCCCUGGAGGCGCAACAGGUCCAGGGCAAAAAGUGUGAUUCCAGUCAAUCAGCCUGGGAUACCCCCUCAGGAAAAUAGUUCAAAAACAGCAGAUGAAAGUCUUUGGUUGGUCAAAAAGGAAGCUAGAUCGGUAGAGGUGAAAGCAAUUGAUGAAGUCAGCUCUUUGGCAUCGACUCCCUUCAGCAUCUGCCAGCUGAUGACUCCCCUUAUUCCCUCCAGACAACCAACAGAUACAUCAGAAAUCCUCCAAACUGUCCUCUCGCCCUCUGCCCUCGAUCUCCCACUGAGACCACACUCUGAGGCCAAAGGGACCCCUGAACCUCCAAUCAAGCGGGACAGCUACAAAUCACUCGCCUCCAGCAUCCUCUUCAACCUCAAGGACAACAGGAAAAGGGUGAAAAGCCGCUACAGCCCUCCUAAAUUCAAAACAUUAGAAGUGCCUGAGAGUGGCACCCAAUCUCCACAAUCAGAUCAACCAAAAUAUCCACAAGCUGGCUCUGAGGGCUAUGCAUCUGGGUUAAGUACUCCUGCCAUUUCAAAAGAUGAACAGACAGUUUGCAGUCCUGUUUUGGAAGCUAUCAGCAGCCCAACUGUUGUUCUUACAAAGCAGGAUACUGAUGGACCUCUUUCAGAUGAUUAUCUGUUAUCAAAUCUACUGCAAACCAAAAAGGAGGCUGCAGGUAGUCAUGGUGAAGAGAAUCCUAUCACCUCCCUUAUACUCUCAAAAAAGAGCAGGAGUCCCAAGGCUAAAAAGCAAAACUACCCUUCCCUGAAUUUGUACAAGAAGGCCAGCCCUGUUGAUAGUGAUAUGAAAUAUCUCCAAGUCCCUCUGAGCACCAAUGCUCCUAUACACAUAGACCAACCAACUGAGGCAAAUGAACUAUCAGCACUCAUGCUAAACAAACUCUCUCCAACAGCACUGCCAACAAACACAGGGCUUUCUCCAAAUACUUUAAAUGUCAGCAAAGACCGUUCACCCAUAAUUUCACCCUAUGCCCUUGAGAAAGAGGGGUUGUCAUCAAAUCUAUCAGUAGGGAAAAGAGCACCAAAUGUACCAGACAAAGCAAAACGACCUGCAAAAGACAUAAAAGAAAAAGACUUCAGCCCUAAGGAAAAAGAUACCAGUGGCCAAACCAUGAGUACAAUGGAUGUGAUCAGAGCAGCAAAGGAAGCAAUUAAUGCAGCCAAAAACAAAGCUCUAUCUGCAGCUCAGUCAGAUAGCAUCAGCAAGCCCUCAGUCACAGAUGAACUAAGGGAGAAAGAAAUAGAUGAGACUGAAUAUUCAAAAGUGUUUGGCAGCAAGAAGGAGAGUUUGGUACAAGAAAAUAACAAUGUUUUAUCUCCUAGUAGGAUUGAGGCAACCCUGGAUGGCAAAAAGAGUAAUGUCAAGAAAGAGCCACCACCAGUUCCAAAGAGAAAUUUUGCUAAAACUGAUAUUCAGCUCUCCCUUCUUGAAAAACAGCAAGCACGUACUAUUGACAAGCUAGCUAAUGGUGAUUCAGGGGAUGCUAAAGUGGAAAUACCACCAGACGAAAAUGAAUCUAUCCAGAAGCAGGGAAAACCUAAACAUAUGUUCUCAGCCAGACAGAACAAAUACAUAAAAUAUCAGAGGUACGCAUUGACGGAUGAUGACCAAGGAGAGGAGUUUGAAGAAGGUGAUCAGAAAGUGAAUACAGGGAUGGAGACGCAUGAGGAGAUUAUGUCACCCAGAGAAAUGAGAGAUAGCGAGCAUAUAAUUAAUGAUUUGCAUGCUUUGAAAGAGCUGGAGAGAGUAAGGCUCGGCGAUCGUUUUCUUGAUAAUGCGAGGAAAAAAUUUGGUGUUACAAACAUAGAUGAGGAGACGAGGGCUAAAAAUGAUUUGAUCUCAAGGGAGCUAAGGAAUAUUAAGAAGGGUAUGCUGUCUAUGAGAGGAAACACAAUGGCUAAGAGAGACCUAUUUGCACAAAAAGAGAAGGCUCAGAGCAAGCAGGAGACUUUCACAAAGACAGACACUAACGUGAUAUUAAACAAAGCACUUAUAAAUGACAAUUAUGACAGGGCUAAAAUGGCACUUGAAGAGAUCAUCUCAGACAGGCAGAAGAGAAAGCAUAAAAUCACAGAGCAGGAUGCAAAUCCAAUAUUUGAUAAGAAUGCUGAUGAAAGUUACGUAACAAGGGUAGAGCAACGUAAAAAAGCUAUGAAAGAUUCUAUGACAGAGGACAAGGAAAAACAAAAUGGCAACGCUCUUACACUAAAAGAAAAAGAUUUAAAGGAGAGGUUAGGUGAUUUAAGAGACCACAAUCACAUGAGACAGAUUCUGUCGCAAACUGAACCUAGGCUUGGCGAAACUCACAGAUCAGGUGGUAGGUUAGCGCUAUCUGGCAUGGAAAAAACUGAUAAUCCUAGCUAUGAAUCAGAAGAGGUGAAUUUGAGAAAUAUAAUGAGACAGAUAUCUGAAGAGAGCGGAGAGAGUCUGAUGAACCAAAAUGAAGGCAAAAAGGGAGAUGUUCCACCUGUUCCUCCUAGGAGCAGAAAGGGAGGGAGUAGACGAGAUGAAAGUGUUACCAUGGACACAGAUAGUUUAAAAGAUGGAAAAUAUGAAAAUGGUGAGGUCCGCUUAAAAGAAAUGAGGAGUACAAGCUUAGGAAGACAAGAAGUAGAUAGUGACCUAUCCACAAGAGAAUCUAGUCAAAAUGAAACCAAUCCUGUUAAAGAGAGGUGGGAUAUGGUAAACAAUGCAAUAUCUAUUACAGUGACAGAUGGAGCAUCAUGUGAGUCCAGUUUACCUUCAGAAUACCCACAGUCUGAAAAUAGAUUGUGUUUAUCAACAGAGGCUAGAAGACAUGAAUAUAAGGCAAAUGACUUGCAUGCAGAUAGCCCCACAAUGGAAGCAACAUUUGAAAAUAUCAAUGCCAGAGCACAGGAAACAUGUAAAGUAAAGCGGAAAGCUCCUUUAAAACCAGACCAUUUAAACACACCAGAUGACAAUGUAACUAACAAUUCAGUAGCAGAUGAACCUGACAAAAUAAAUAGAGCUAGCAUGGAAAUAAAUUUGGAUGCUGACGCUAUUGGUGAAAUGCCCAGAGCUAUAAUAUCACCCUUACUACUGGUCAAUGGCGUCAGCAUCAAUCAGAGCCCUCCUGAUCAAGCCAGCUUGUCCUCAAAGUCAUCCUACUUCUCUGUGGAGAGUGCCCUGCACAGAAAUACAGAGACUGAGUCAAAUGUUUACCACUCUUUGGAGAACUUGAUUGGAGAGGUGGAGGAUGUUGAUGACCUGAUCCGAAAUCUUUCACGAAACACAAAACAGGAUUCGGACAGGACAGAAGUAGAAUAUUAUUCUUUAAGUGAUCAUGAAAGCGAGCCAGAGGUUGUAAAGUCUCCUCAAAAAGAGACAGAAGUACCAUGCCAAAGCUUAACUCAUGACGAACAUAAUCAGACACCAAUGUCACCCUCUAACACUUUCUUACCACCUAUGGGGAUCCCUGCCUUAUUUAAGGUCAAAGACAACACUUUCAGUAAUAAGUUGAAGUUGAAGUCCGUACAACCAUGGUCACCAAGAGGGAGUCUGAGUGGGUCAGAAAAAGGAGAGGAGGUACAUCAAGUAAAGGAAAAUCCAGAGCUCCCUCUGGCUAAUGAACCCGCCAUCAGAAUUAGCACACCAAUCCCAGAUGAAAUCUUCAAACCUACAGAGAUUCCAUCCAGUGCACCAAACCCAGAUGACAUCUUCAAACCUAAAGAGAUUCCAUUCAGCGCACCAAUCCCAGAUGAAAUCUUCAAACCUAAAGAGAUUCUGUCCAGCGCACCAAUCCCAGAUGAAAUCUUCGCACCUAAAGAGAUUCCAUUCAGCGCACCAAUCCCAGAUGAAAUCUUCAAACCUAAAGAGAUUCCAUUCAGCGCACCAAUCCCAGAUGAAAUCUUCAAACCUAAAGAGAUUCUGUCCAGCGCACCAAUCCCAGAUGAAAUCUUCAAAACUAAAGAGAUUCCAUUCAGCGCACCAAUCCCAGAUGAAAUCUUCAAACGUAAAGAGAUUCCAUUCAGCGCACCAAUCCCAGAUGAAAUCUUCGCACCUAAAGAGAGUCCAUUCAGCGCACCAAUCCAAAUUGAAAUCUUCAAACCUAAAGAGAUUCCAUCAAUCAGUUCACCUCCCCUGCUCCUGUCUCCUUCAAAUCUACAAAAUGAAAACCCAAAGAAACCACAAGCUGGAGGGUUCCUCACUGUCCCACAGGAGGAUGACAGAUUGUCUGGCAUGAGUCUGUCAUCUGAGGGAGUGGAGAGCCUAACAACCAGUACAGCUGACACAGCUGAUGAAAUGGGAACUAGUGCUGGAGUGUCAAAGGUUCCCAGUGAACGGUCUGGGUCCCCCUGCAGUGGCAAUGACAGCCAAACAGGGCUGCCUAAACCACCAGUUGUCUUACCCAAAUCUGAAAAGGCUGUUCUCAAAGCCAUUAAGUUGGCAAAUAGAAGGAUGAAGAAGGAGGAGGCCCAGAAGUCCUCCCACAAGUCAUCUCAAAGCAGCAGCAAACACAAAGGGGAUAAACACAAGAGUGACAAGUCUGAGCACAAAAGCAGCAGCAGUAGAAGUAGCAAGAGCAGUGAGAGAAAUCACAAAGAAAAGAUUAAAGAUGGCCAUCAUGACAGUGAAAGUCACCAUGGCAAAAAGGGUGAUGACCAGAGUGAGCAACAAUCCAGUGAAAGAAGAGACCACAACAGUGGAAACCAGCACCACGACAGAACCAAUGUGCGCCACAAGACUCGGAGAGAGAGCCAUGGUUCUGUGGAAAACAAUAACCAGAGCAAUGAAGCACUACCAAGUGUUACAGAAAGGCAAGGACGCACCAGCAACAGACACAUUCGAGAUAAGCCAGAGCAAAGGCACUACAGUAGCGAUAGGGUCAUCAGUAAUGUACCGGUGUACAAAGCUCAGCUCAUCGAGAGACCCAUGUCGGACAAGCCAUUCCACCGAUCACAAAGCAUUGAUAGGUACCUAGGAGAUAAAGUGGAGCGCAGGCUCAGUGCAGAUACAUCAGUCAAUGAAAAGCUUGAUCCAAGGACUCAGCGCAUUGAAAAAUCCAUCAUGGACGAGCUUCAGCAGAGAGGCAGAGCUAGAGACAAGGCGAACAGAGACAACCCAUUCAGAAGGAGUCACAGUAUCGAUGCAUACCCUAAUCCUAACCCUAACCCUACCCCCAACCCUACCACCCUCUCCCGCCAGUCAAGCCACAACAGCCACACUAGCCAGCUUUCACGCCAGUCUAGCAUCGAACACACCAUUGUUACGCAGUCCUUUCCUAUGACCCAACGUAAGCUCCUCCAGGAUCCAGACUCUGGGCAGUACUUCUUUGUAGAUAUGCCUGUACAAGUCAAGACAAAAACCUUCUUUGAUCCUGAAACAGGAAGCUAUGUGCAGCUGCCAGUUCAGCCGCCAGAGGGCGCUGUUCCUCAAGCAUCCCCCUUGGAAGUUUUGACCCCACCCCUGGUUGUUUACCACAGCUUUGUCCCGGUGCCUCUCUCUCCAAUGGCUCAGAAAGCUACCAUUCAAGCCCCUCAUAUGGAGCCAGAGGGGUUUGGGCAGAGAAACGCUGAAAGGUUGAGGCAAAUGCACUGUCAGGAGGGGCAUCCAUAUUUAGAGCCCAUCUACGGUCAACAUGACCACGUGUUAGGGGAGUUUGUAGGAACUGAGGAGCUGGACUGUCCAAGCUGAUAGGCCAUGAGGUUUGAAAGGAAUAAUCCAUCCUCCGUUUACACUGUUUUGCCAAUACCCAGUAGAAUGGUGGAGGGUAUACGCAGUUAUACGGGGUAUAUCCAUCUCUUUUUCUGGCCCAUAACAGUGUACCCACCUGUGGAGAGUAUAUGCAUGUAAACUGGAUAUACCCACCUCUUUUUCUGGCAGUUUACAGUAUCAGCACCUAUCAGCAGAAAGUCAUUAGAGUUUAUGGGAGGGUAUACCCACUUCCUCUUUGGUAACCAAUCUACCGAGUAGUACACCCACCUCAUCAGCUUCCACUACCCCACUGCCAAUACCUGUUUAAUUUUGAAAAGUGUUGAAGUGUUUCAGGGUGGAUUUUUCUUUCAAGGUUAAGCGUCUGAUCCUUGUAUUGCUUUACUUGCCUUGACUUACAUGAGACACAAAAGCUGCGCAGGCUUUGUGAAGCUACUGAGGCCUCGACUGGUUUUGUAAAGAGAAACGGGUUUGACUCAAGUGUAAACUGACAGGAGAUAUUGAAGUUGUGAAUUUCUGAUUAUUGUUGAAUGCUGUUGUUUGAAUGUGAGUUGAACAAUUUGUGUAAGAUAAUGUGCAAUUGUUGAGAAAGAUAAGGGACAUGGGUGAUCCAUGUACAUAAUGUAUUUAAGUUUAAACAGAGAGGGUAAGCUUGAAUGUAAAUGUGGAAUAUUUAUUGUAAAUGCUGAGAGUUUAUUAUACACAGUUACAGUGGUAUUGGGGUCUCCACUGCUUUUCAGGUAUUGUGGCUUUUUGUUUUAUUACCUGCAAAGUUUGUUGCCUUGAAAUUUCUUUUUUGCCGGACAGUUUGCAGUCACUUAACUUAUCAUUAGAGAUACUUGAAACAAAAUUCACUCAAAAUAUUGUUUUUUAUUUGUAUGUUACUGAUUUGAACUGAUAAUGUUAACACAACUACAAAAUUAACACAUUGCAUGCUAAAGUUGAAGUUGCAGUUACACCUGUUGAAUCUGUUUGAUACAAAUCAAAUUUCAUUUAUACUGUCUAAAAGCUUGAACUGGCGUUGUUGCAAUGAAUGUUUUUUAAUACGCAGAGGACACGAAGGAGAAUUGGUUUCGCACGUUUGUUGCAUUGGCAUUUUUCUAAACUAGAAUAAAGCAGGGCUGUAUUGUGUCUGUGAUCCAUUCCAAUAAAAAACA